UCAUGGGUUGUGGUAGUAGUGCAGGAGCUGUAAUUGAAUAAAAUAGAGCGCCUGGAUUCAAAGGUCCAGUUUUUAUGACAAUAAAGCAUGCUUUAUUAGAAAGGGAUGUUAGAUUCAUAGGAGUUAUGGAUCCUUAUAUCAAAUUAAUUAUGGGAAAAUAAGAAUUUAAGACACCUGUUGCAAAAGAAGGAGGAAAACAUCCGUACAUAUAUAUUUUAUUAUUAUUUAAAUAGAAAAUGGGAAGGAUGCACACACACAUUUUAAAAAUUACUCGGAGAACCAGAUGUGAUAAUAGGAUAAGUCUGGUGUGAAAAUACUAUAACAUCAGACAUUCUGAUUGGUGAAGGUGCAUUUUCUUUAACUUCUAUAAGAAAAGGAAAUGCUGAACCAAAAAGAAUUUCAUUCCUACUUUUUCAUCAUGGUGAAAAAGCAGGUGAAAUCAGUUUGGAAGCUACUUUCACUCUUGAUCCUAGUGGAAAAGACUUACCAGAAAUCAAAGCUCCAGAUACGGAAGGAAAGUUCAUUGUCAAACCAAAAUUUGGUAGGUUAAAGAAGAAUGCCAAUCUAUUAUUAAAAAUGGAUCCUUUCCUAACUAUUCAUUUUGGUAAUGAAACUAUGAACACAUCUGUUGAUGCUGCUGGACAUACCACACCAAAAUGGAAUGAUGAAAUAAUCUUUACAAGGGAAACAAAUGAAGAUACUUUAUACAUAGAAGUUUGGGCUGAAUCUCUGAUUGGAUGGAACGACUUCUUGGGAUGUGGUAAUAAACUUAUUUAUCUAUUAGGUUAUGCUUCAAUUACUGAUUCUUUAGCACUAAAAGAAAAUUAAUUGCAAACAGUUACAUUAUUUUAUGAUGGUGCAAAUGUUGGAGAAGUAGAGAUAGAAUGCACUUUUAAGACAGCCAAACCUUAGGAUUAUUUAUAAAAGGACAAAUAAUCAACAGAACCCCCAACAAAAGAAUCUUUUUAAUAAUAACUUUAAACACAAUAUUAAUAACCAUAAUAAUAAUAGCCAUAAUAAUAAUAACCACAAUAAUAGUAAGUAUUUCCUUAAUAAUUGAAUUAAUUCGUUCAAAAUUAUGAAGCUAGAUAUCAAAAUAGUUAUGGAUAAUAGCCUAUGAAUGGAAGAGUAGAUUUUACUUACCCUAAUGGAGAUCAUUAUUCCGGAGAUAUGAUGAAUAAUUUGAAACACGGUUAGGGAAGACUCUAAUUUAGUUAUGGUGGAUACUAUGAGGGUCAAUGGGCUAAUGAUUAAGUAUACAGUAUUAUGAAUUCUUUUAGUACAAUGGAAUGGGAGUAUUAGUAGUUGGAGACUCUAGAUAUGAAGGUUAAUUUAUAAAUGGGAAAAAAAAUGGAUAAGGAAAAUAAGUAUGGAAUAAUAGAUAGCAAUAUGAUGGAUAAUGGGUUGAUAAUAAUAUGCAUGGAAACGGGUACUGAAUUUUAUAUAUCUAGUGAAUGGACAUUUGUGAACGGAGCAAAGAAGAAGGGAGUUUGGGCUCAUGGAAAUAGAUUAAGAUGGUUGGAUGAUGAUUAAAAUAUAAUAUAGGCUGGUAAAACUAUGACAUCAGGAUUCAUGUUAACAAGUCCAAAUUAAUAAUUUACAUUGUCUUUCUUCCAUGAUGGCCGUUUAUACAUUUUCCAUAAUUAGACAAGAUAACCUAUUUUCUCGGUAUUCAAAUCUUAUAAAAAUAGGCUAUUAAUUUUAAUCGAUAACCUCUUGCACCUGUUUGGUUGAAAUUUGAUCCUUCAGGAGAGUUAUAAAUGAUUGAUGCCAAAGGAGUACCAUAUUGGGUGUCAGGGCAAAACUUUGGAAUUUUUGCUCCCCCAUUUGUAUUGAUUUUGUAAGAUGAUGGCCGAUUAGUUAUCUAAGAUGCUAAUGGAUAAGCAAAAUGGUAUUCACAUUGAU